UACUGUAGAGAUCAGUGAAAUGAAGCGACUUGGUUGCUUCUUUCCAGGCCAGCUUGUCAUGGACUGGCAUCCUCUCUCUCUCUCUCUCUCACUCACACAGACUUGCAGAGACACACACAUGAAAAGUACCCUUCUACCAGCUUUCUCUGCACCUCUCUUUUUUAAGCCCAGAUAAAAGAACCAAAAAGACAAUUGGUUUCUUUUGCAUUUUCAAUUCUUCGGGUUGGGCCGAUAUAUUUGGAGCUUUCCUUGUGACCCUCCUCUGUGUCGCCAUCCACAUUGUUUCAAGGAAUUAUGGAAGAGAGCUUUGUGCCAUUUCGUGGAAUCAAGAACGAUCUAAAAGGGAGAUUGAUGUGUUACAAGCAGGAUUGGAUGGGUGGUUUCAGGGCAGGCUUCAGGAUUUUAGCACCCACCACAUACAUUUUUUUUGCCUCAGCAAUUCCAGUUAUUUCAUUCGGAGAACAGUUGGAAAGAGAUACAGACGGGGUUCUCACAGCUGUUCAAACAUUGGCUUCUACUGCAUUGUGUGGAACUAUACAUUCCAUUAUUGGAGGUCAGCCUUUGCUGAUCCUAGGAGUUGCAGAGCCAACUGUAAUUAUGUACACGUUCAUGUUCAAUUUUGCUAAAAGUAGACCUGACUUGGGAUCAAAGCUCUUCCUGGCAUGGACGGGAUGGGUAUGCGUGUGGACAGCGAUCUUGUUGUUUCUACUGGCUAUUUUAGGAGCUUGCUCCAUUAUCAAUAGGUUUACUCGCCUUGCUGGAGAAUUGUUUGGUCUUCUGAUUGCCAUGCUUUUCAUGCAGGAAGCUAUCAAAGGAAUUAUUGGUGAAAUUCGCAUACCUGAAAGAGAAAAUCCAAAGUCAAUUCAGUUUGAAUACUCAUGGAGAUUUGCAAAUGGGAUGUUUGCUUUGGUUCUCUCGUUUGGCCUUCUGCUGACAGCAUUAAAAAGCAGAAAAGCAAGGUCUUGGCGCUAUGGUUCUGGGUCUCUUCGAGGCUGCAUAGCAGAUUAUGGUGUGCCAUUGAUGGUGCUGGUUUGGACUGCUGUUUCCUAUAUUCCGUCAGGAAGUAUUCCAAAAGGAAUCCCAAGGCGUCUUUUCAGUCCAAAUCCAUGGUCAACAGGGGCAUAUGAGAACUGGACUGUCAUGAAGGAUAUGCUAAAUGUGCCAGUUAUUUAUAUAAUUGGAGCUUUUGUUCCAGCUACAAUGAUUGCAGUGCUCUAUUAUUUUGACCACAGUGUAGCAUCUCAGCUUGCUCAGCAGAAGGAAUUCAAUUUGAGAAAACCGCCUUCUUUCCAUUAUGAUUUACUGCUUUUAGGAUUCAUGGUCUUUUUAUGUGGUCUUAUUGGAAUCCCUCCAUCAAAUGGUGUCAUUCCUCAAUCUCCCAUGCACACUAAGAGUUUGGCUACACUAAAGCACCAAUUGCUUCGUAAUCGACUUGUGGCAACAGCUCGCAAAUGUAUGAGUAAGAAGUCAACCUUGGGACAAGUGUAUGAAAGCAUGCAAGAAGCCUACCAACAGAUGCAGACCCCCUUGAUUUAUCAGGAACCCUCUGCCCAGGGAUUAAAAGAAUUGAAAGAUUCAACUAUUCAGAUGGCCUCAAUUGGGAAUAUUGAUGCUCCGGUUGAUGAGACAGUAUUUGAUGUUGAGAAGGAGAUUGAUGAUUUAUUGCCUGUUGAGGUGAAAGAACAACGGGUUAGUAACUUGCUUCAAGCUAUAAUGGUAGGAGGAUGUGUUGCGGCCAUGCCUUUCAUAAAAAAGAUCCCAACAUCAGUUCUCUGGGGUUAUUUUGCUUUCAUGGCCAUUGAGAGCUUACCGGGUAACCAGUUUUGGGAGAGAAUCUUAUUGCUUUUCACAGCUCCAAGCAGAAGAUACAAAGUUCUUGAGGAAUACCAUGCCACUUUUGUGGAAACUGUGCCUUUCAAGACGAUUGCAAUUUUCACUAUCUUUCAGACUGCUUACUUGCUUGUCUGUUUUGGCAUUACAUGGAUUCCAAUUGCUGGGGUUCUUUUCCCUUUAAUGAUCAUGCUUUUGGUUCCUGUGAGACAAUACAUUUUGCCCAAGUUUUUCAAAGGAGCCCACCUCCAGGAUCUGGAUGCUGCAGAGUACGAAGAGGCUCCAGCCUUACCAUUCAAUCUAGCAACUGAGGCAGAGAUGAGUAGGUCAGCCUCAUUUGCAGAUGAUGGGGAAAUUCUAGAUGGGAUGAUCACUCGAAGCAGAGGUGAGAUAAAAAGCAUUCGCAGCCCCAGGGUUGCAAGCUCCACUUCAACUCCAUCCAAAGAAUUCAAGACCAUUCACAGCCCACGGUUUUCAGAUAAGGUAUAUAGCCCUCGUGUUAGUGAACUGAGAGGAGAGCUAAGUCCUCGUCAAGGUGGAAGAGGACCAUUUAGUCCAAGAGCAGGAGAAGCAAGACCUUCCAAUUUGGGAAAAACUGGUUAGAAAUGGUAUAUCAUUACCGAAUAUUGAUGGCCACUUGUUCAUUAACCAGGAAAAAGAAUCACAAGUCAUGGAUAGUUUAAUGUAGGAAGUGUAUUAUGGGAAUUCACAUUAGGUCUUUUGUUAUUUUUUUGUUGUUAGUGAGGUUAGUAGUUGUAAAAUGUUUACCUAACAGGAAGAAAUUUGUAAUCAGAAAAGCCAGCAAGCAAAGAAAUUAAAUUGCAUGUUA